GAAGGAGACAGAACAGACAGGAGAUCUCUGAAGACUGCUGAAUCUUUAUUCACCGUAUUGCAGUGAUAAUCCAGUCUAAACAAUGUUCAGACCAGGUGUCAAGCAAUAGGGUGAGGUGAGAUGUCAUCAGCUGGCGCCCCCCGAUGAGAUCUGAAAUCAAAAUGGCUGCGGCCUAUCUUUUUAUACUCCUUAACCUUGAAGUUGGGCCUUCUCGCCUCCCUCGAAAGACACCUGUUGGCCUAUCAGCAUCCACCAAGGUUACGGAUAUUGAGAAAUUCUCAACUGCUAGGAUGAGUGUCUCUCAGGAGAGAGAGGAGGCUGCAGGUCACAGUGAGACACUCAGACCAGAGUCUGCAGCACACAGCUGUGUGCAACAAAGCAGCAAACCAACACACUCUGAUGGAGGCCCACAGACACGCAGACCUCCAUCUCCAGUGCCCAGCUGUGUGUCCAUGAAGAGUGAUCGGUCCAUGGAUAUUAUGCCCCACUUCAGCAGUGAACCAGUUCCAUCAGGUCUAAUUCCACAGACACACAGACCACCAUCUUCAGUGCCCAACUGUGUGUCCAUGAAGAGUGAUUGGUCCAUGGAUGAUAUGCCCCACUUCAGCAGUGAACCAGUUCCAUCAGGUCUAAUAUUAAGUGCUGAUCUGACCCAGGAUCAGUCCAGGUGUGGAGUGUGUAAGCAGGUACUGAGGGACCCAGUCAUCACCACCUGUGGACACAGUUUCUGCAGGCAGUGCAUCAGCAGCUACUGGGAGCAGCCUGGACUACCAGGAGACCAAGCCUGUCAGACAUGCAGAACCCAACCUCCUCUACAGCCUCCUCUGGAUGAACACACAGAUAUGAGCACACAGGGUGAACACACAGGCCUGAUCAACAGCAGAAGACAUCUGCACACUGAACAUACACCAGGCAGAAAGAGGGAACUAGAUGAGGACCUGAGGAGAGUUAUAAAGAAUCACAAAGUCAGUCUGAAGAGGAGGUUUGAGAACAUAUCUGAAGGCAUCAUCGAACCAGGAGCUGAGAUUCUCCUCAAUGAGAUCUACACAGAGCUCUACAUUACAGAGGGAGAGAGUGAAGGGGUGAAUAAGGAGCAUGAGGUUUGGCAGGUAGAGUCAGCAUCCAGAUGUCAAUCCACAGAAGACACACCAAUCAACUGCAAUGACAUCUUCAAGCCCUUACUUGGACAGAAGAAGCACAUCAGAACUGUGAUGACCAAAGGUGUUGCUGGAAUUGGAAAAACAGUCUCAGUGCAAAAGUUCAUUCUUGAUUGGACAGAUGGGGCAGCCAAUCAGGAUGUAGAUUUUAUGCUCCCCCUUUCUUUCCGUGAGCUGAAUUUAGUCAAGGGUGAUCAGUACAGUCUUCACAGGCUCCUGCUGGACUUCCACCCUGAGCUGAAAAAGCUGAAUGAUGGUGAAGGAUACAAAGACUGUCAGGUUGUGUUCAUCUUUGAUGGUUUGGAUGAGAGUCGGUUGACUCUGGAUCUGGAACAGAACAGUAAGUUGUCUGAUGUGAAAGAAACAUCAUCAGUGAAUCUUCUGAUGACGAGCCUCAUUCAGGGAACUCUGCUUCCCUCGGCACUUAUCUGGAUAACCUCACGACCAGCAGCAGCCAGUCAGAUUCCUGCUCAGUACAUCAACCAGGUAACAGAAGUACGAGGAUUCAAUGACUCACAGAAGGAAGAAUACUUCAGAAAGAAAAUCAGUGACAAGAGUCAGGCCAACAGAAUCAUCUCCCACAUUAAGGCAUCCAGAAGUCUCCACAUCAUGUGCCACAUUCCAGUCUUCUGUUGGAUUGCAGCUACUGUACUUCAGCAGAUGCUGGAAAGGAAAAACAUUGAAGACAUUCCCAAAACGCUGACUGAAAUGUUCAUACACUUCUUGCUCAUCCAGACCACAAGAAAGGAUCAGAAGUAUCAGAGUGGACCUGAAACAGAUACAAAGAAACUUCUGGAAUCGCAGAAAAAAAUUCUACUGAAGCUGGCAGAACUGGCUUUCAAGAAUCUAGAGAAUGGCAACCUCAUGUUUUAUGAGGAAGACCUGCAAGAGUGUGGCAUUGAUGUCAGUGAAGCAUCAGUGUAUUCUGGCAUGUGCACUGAGAUCUUCAAGACUGAAUCUGUGGAAUCUCAACAGAAGAAGGUCUACUGCUUUGUGCAUCUUAGUGUCCAGGAGUUUCUGGCAGCUGUGUUUGUGUUUCACUCGUAUUUGGCUAAGAACCUUGAAGCUCUGAAAUCCCUCAUCAGUGAUGAGCAGAGAGAUGAACUUCAUGAUGAACCAUCAUUUUUAUCUUCUCUUAAAUCAGCACUAGGAUUAAAAGACAAUUUACAUGUUUUACUUAAGAGUGCAGUUGAUAAGGCUUUGGAAAGCCAGAACGGACACCUGGAUCUCUUCCUUCGCUUCCUUAUGGGCAUUUCUCUGGAGAGCAAUCACAGACUUCUGCAAGGUCUACUGAGCCGCACACACAACAGCUCAAAAAGCAUCAAGCAAACAUGUCAGUACAUGAAGAAGCUCAACAGAGAAGGUCUCUCUCCUGAACGAUGCAUCAAUCUUUUCCACUGCUUAUUUGAAAUGAAGGAUGAUUCCAUGCACAAUGAAAUUCAGACAUACUUAUCAUCACCAAAGAACAUCAAACAGAAGUUGUCUCCUGCCCACUGUUCAGCACUCGCCCACAUGCUUCUGAUGUCUGAGGAUGUGCUGGAAGAGUUUGACCUGAAGAAAUACAACACAUCAGAUGAGGGACGAGGGAGACUGCUCCCAGCUGUGAGGUACUGCAGAAAGGCACGACUUGCUGAAUGCAAACUCUCAGAGAAGUCCUGUGGAAUUGUGGCUGCUGUUCUACAGUCACCAAACUCCCUGACAGAGCUGGACCUGAGUCACAAUGACCUGGGGGAUUCUGGAGUUCAGCUUCUCUCUAAGGGACUGUCUAGUCCUAACUGCAAACUGCAGACAUUAAGACUUGCUGAAUGCAAACUCUCAGAGAACGCCUGUGGAAUUCUGGCUGUUGUUCUACAGUCACCAAACUCCCUGACAGAGCUGGACCUGAAUCACAACGACCUGGGGGAUUCUGGAGUUCAGCUUCUCUCUAAGGGACUGUCUAGUCCUAACUGCAAACUGCAGACGUUAAGGCUCAGCAAGUGUGGUGUGUCAGAUGAAGGUUAUGUUUGUCUGGCUCUGGCUCUAAUGAUAAACCCCUCCUGUGUGAAGGAGCUGUACGUGAACAACAAUCAUUCUGGAGGAUCAGCACAGAAGCUGUUAUCUGCUACACUGGAGGAUCCUCACCGCAAAGUUGAAACACUUCGAUUUGCUGACUGUAAACUCACAGAUAAAUCCUGUGAGAUUGUUGCUUCAGUUCUACAAUCAGCAAACUCCCUACUACAGCUGGACUUGAGUGACAAUGACCUGGGGGAUUCUGGAGUUCAGCUUCUCUCAAAAGGACUGUCCAGUUUUAACUGCAAAAUACACACAUUAAGGCUUUCUGAUUGUCUCAUCUCAGAGAAGGGUUGUGGUUUUCUUGCUUCAGCUCUGUCUUCAAACCCCUCCCAUUUAAAACUGCUUGAUCUCAGCUACAAUUAUCCUGGAGAAUCAGGACUGAAGCUGUUAUCUGCUAGACUGGAGGAUCCUGUCUGUAAACUGGAGAUACUGAAAACUGACCAUGCUUCUUUAGACAGAGCACGACCACGUUUGCUGAGAUAUGUCUGUGAUCUCACACUGGACCCCAACACAGCAAACAGAAAUCUCUCUCUCUCUGAGGGGAACAGAAAGGUGACACAUGUGGAUGAGCAACAGCCGUAUCCUGAACACCCAGAGAGAUUUGACUCCAGUUAUCCUCAGGUGUUGUGUAGAGAGGGUCUGACUGGACGCUGCUACUGGGAGGCUGAGAGGAGUGUUGAUGGUGGAGCUCGUAUAUCUGUGGCCUAUAAAAGCAUCGAGAGGAAAGGGGGGGGUUAUGACGUCAGAAUGGGAGGGAAUGCCAAGUCCUGGAGUCUGGACUGCCAUCCUGACAGUUACUCUGUCCUGCACAAUAAUAAACACACUGAAAUACCUAUCAUACCUGCCCCCUCCUCCCGCUCCAGAACAGUAGGAGUUUACCUGGACUGGCCGGCCGGCACUCUGUCCUUCUACAGCGUCUCCACUGACACACUCACCCACCUGCACACGUUCCACUCCACAUUCACUGAGCCCCUCUAUCCAGGGUUUUAUGUUUGGAUUGGCUCCUCAGUGUCCCUGCGCAAGAUCACAUGAGCUCGUCCUCCAACAGGUACAUCCACCCUUUUCUCCCUUUCUCUCUCUUUCUCUCUCUCUCUCUCUCUCUCUCUCUCUUUCUCUCUUUCUACUAUAUGUGUGUGUCUGUGUGUGUGUGUCCGUGUGUGUGUGGUUUGUAGGACACUGUAAUGUAAUACAGGCUUGUAGGCACAAGAAGCUCUUUUACAAACAACUUUAGUAAAGAGGGUAUUUUUGCUCUGCAUCAGAUCUGGCAUAUCACACACAUCAAGCUAAUAUAGCGUGUGUGUGUGUGUGUGUGUGUGUGUGUGUGUGUGUGUGUGCUGUGUGUGUGUGUGUGUGUGUGUGUGUGUGUGGUUUGUUUAACACUGUUUUCUAUUUAACAAACUGCCAAAAUUCAGACUUAAAUUCAUCAAGUCAAGACACUCCAACAUUCCACAGUAACCACGUAACCGUAGCAACAUCCAUUGUGAUGCUUGUUCUGUGGCCCUGGCAGUUGAGCAGGGCUUGUUGCUAUGGCAAUAGUUCCAGCUUUGGCCCAUAGACUGUAUAAAGAACUGCAGGAACUCCAGUCACACACACUCCUGUUCAUACAUGUAAUGUAUGUAUGUAUGUAUGUAUGUACAGUAUAUUCAGUUAUAUAAUUACUGUUCUGAUGAAACUAAACAAAUGCUGAUAUUGCUUUCUUUAUAUUAUGCUCUUCUCCUGAAAAUGAAUGUGUGGAUUAUGAGAAUGUUUUCAACAACAACAAUAUGAUGUAUUCUGUUCUCCGUAAAGUUUAGUUAUUUGCUGAAUUUCUUUGAAAAAGUUAUUUGCUGAUCUGAGGUGUCAGUGGUUCUAUACAGUAUGUGUUGACAUAGCAAAAAAAAUGCUUGUUUUUCUGACUUAAAAUAUGUAAAUAAAAUGUGUUUCUGACUUUUAAAUGUCUGAAUAAAGAUUCUGAAAGGAGAUGUGAUGAA